AUGGAGUACGUCCAGCUAGGAAAGUCCGGCCUGAAGGUCUCCAAGGUGAUCUUGGGCACCAUGACGUUCGGCGACCCAUCAAGGUCGAUGAGUUGGACACUUCCGGAAGCCCAAGCACUGCCGAUACUCAAACGAGCGUUUGACCUGGGAAUUAACACCUGGGAUACCGCUGACACAUAUUCGAACGGGGACUCAGAACGUAUCAUUGGCAAAGCGCUCCGCGAAUAUUGUAUCCCUCGCGAACGCGUGGUGCUCUUGUCUAAAUGUUACGCCGGCCUCCCAGAAGAUAUGGAGAAUUUGGAUGAAGAGGAAAUACUGAAGAGGACAACAGUUAACGAUGGUGUAAUGGUGAAUCGCGUCGGGCUGUCACGGAAGCACAUUUUCGAUGCCGUGGACGCGAGUAUUGCCCGUCUCGGCACGUAUAUCGACGUAUUGCAGAUCCAUCGAUUGGACCGCGAGACUCCGCGGGAGGAAAUCAUGAAGGCAUUGAAUGAUGUUGUUGCGAGUGGGAAAGCGAGGUAUAUUGGGGCCUGCUCGAUGGCCGCGUGGGAGUUCCAGGCCCUUCAGAACAUCGCUAAGCAGAAUGGUUGGCACCAGUUCAUCAGCAUGCAGGACUACUACAGUUUGCUCUACCGUGAGAAUGAGCGGGAAAUGAUUCCCUAUUGUCAAUACACUGGCAUUGGAAUCAUUCCCUUUUCGCCGCUGGCGCGGGGCCUGCUCACUCGGCCAUACGGCUCGCAACUAACGACCCGACAGAAGGCUGAUAUAUACAGCGAGUUUCUAUUGGGCGAGACCACGAGCGCAGAUAUCGAGAUUAUUGGGCGCGUGGAAGAGCUUGCUCGACAGAAGGGCGUAAGUAUGGCGACUGUGGCAGUGGCUUGGUGUGUUGCGAAAGGAGUAAUCCCGAUUGUUGGACUUGGAAGUAUCGACAGAGUCAAUCAGACCGUCGAGGGCCUUGCACAGACGAAGACUGGGCUUCUCGCGGAGGACGAUAUUAAUUUCUUGGAGCAGAAGUAUGUCGCAAAGCCUAUAACUGUUGUAAUAUAG